GCCUAGGGUUUUCAGUCUGAUAAAUCAGCUUGACUCUCGCUCUUACUCCUGGCUGCAGAUCUCUCCUUCUGGUGAGUUGUGAAGAUGUACACAUCAAGGAAGAAGAUCCACAAAGAUAAGGAUGCUGAACCAACUGAGUUUGAAGAGUCAGUUGGGCAGGCAUUGUUUGAUCUGGAAAAUACUAACCAGGAGCUUAAAAGUGAUCUGAAGGAUCUAUACAUAAAUUCAGCAGUACAAAUUGAUGUUUCUGGGAACCGCAAGGCUGUUGUUAUCCAUGUCCCCUACAGAUUAAGGAAAGGUUUCCGGAAGAUUCAUGUUAGGCUUGUCAGGGAGCUUGAGAAGAAGUUUAGUGGGAAGGAUGUAAUUUUGAUUGCCACUCGGAGGAUAUUGAGGCCACCAAAGAAAGGGUCUGCUGUCCAGCGUCCCCGUACCCGCACCCUUACUGCUGUUCAUGAAGCAAUGUUGGAGGAUGUUGUAUUGCCUGCUGAAAUUGUUGGGAAGCGUGUGAGGUAUCGAAUUGAUGGAUCCAAGAUUAUGAAGGUUUUCUUGGACCCAAAGGAGCGAAACAACACUGAGUACAAGUUGGAGACUUUUGCCGCAGUGUACAGGAAGCUGUCGGGCAAAGAUGUUGUGUUUGAGUAUCCUAACACCGAGGCCUAGUUUAAUUUCUUUUGUCAGCUUUGAAUUUUUUCCAAGAACUGCAUAAGGUGUAUGCUGCUUAAAAUUUUGUCUGACUAAUUGGCUUUCAUGCUGGAAUUCAAUGUCUGAUUUUGGAAGUACUAAGGUCUGGUUUCCUCAAUGUAGGAGUUGAGUUUAUUUUUCUUAUAAAUUGAAGUUUAUUUUA